AUGGCUUCUUUCAAGAUGCUUGGAAAAUGGCUGAGUGGUAGUGGAUGGCCUGAGGUCAUGCGUAAUGCAGGGGUCGCAACACAGGGGAUUGCAGAAUCAUUCUUGUCUGCGAGUCAUGUAACACGCACACGACGAGCACACCAGGUGACAGCGGCAAGUCUGCUCAUCCUACUGAAUAAGGCAUACAACCAAUGCAAGGCGUCCCUACUAGAGGAAAACGAGCACUGCAAUAUCCCUGCAUUUGCUGAUUGGAAAGAAGAAAGAGCUACCAAGUCACCGCAUUUCCAUUAUUGGACGUCCGUCCUUGACCUCGAGCUAAUGUGCCUACGCCUCGUGAGGGCUUUCAGAGAGGCAGAUUUCCCACUUUAUGUCGAUACCAUCAGGAAGAUUCUGCCCUGGAUGUUUGUCAUGGAUCAUCCCAACUAUUCCAGGUGGCUCUCAGUUCACUAUCGGGAUAUGUGUCUCCUUCCUUCGAAGCAUCUAGACGUUUACAACCACUUCUGUGAUGGCGCAUUUGUUCUACACAAGACCACCAGGGUAUUUUCUUCCAUAGCAUUAGAUCAUGCCCACGAGCAAGUGAAUGCUGUGGUGAAAGGCGAAGAAGGUGCCGUUGGUCUCACCGAACAUCCAGCAGUUCUAAGAAGAUGGAUGGUGGCCGGCCCGGAGAUGUCCAGAAUGAUACAAGAAUUCGAGGGAGGCACAUCUUCAGCAGAGCAACGAGACCAUCAUGAACAGAAGCCAGGUGUGCAAUCUGCGUUCUCCCGUGACGUCGUCAACACUGUGUCGUGCUUUGAAGAAAUGGGUAAUCCCUUUCAAGAUGAAAGUGAAAACUUAAUGGCAAUUCACACAAGGGACAUCAUGGGCGAUGAAGUUAUUAAAACUAUCAGGAACGCGAGCAAGAUUGGAGAAGAGCAGUUCAAGUCGUUUGUUGAAGGACGAUUUAUUGAUGGCAGCAAGCCGGUCACCGACACUCUGAAGAAAAACAACCUCCAUACAUUAAACACUCCGACCAAGAAGGCAGUAUCAAAGGACAAAGCCAAAGUCCACGUCUUGAGGGAGGAUUGUUCUUUGUUCUCGCGGCUUUACAUAGCGUGCCAAAACCGCGAUGGAAAUUUGGAGGAAUUUUGCACAUAUGAGAAUCAGCCAUGGCCGCCAUCCCUCUCAGAACUUGGUCAACUUCGAGGAGGAGUGAAAGCAGACCUGAUAAAGUGCUUGCCGAACACUACACCACAGAGUCCCACGCAGCCAGAAGCAGACGUCGUCAUUCUGGAUGGUGCGGUGAUUGUACAAAUGUUGCAGCCACGGACGGCUCGCACAAUUAUUGAAUAUGCAACGACGGUAUUUGCGCCUUAUGUCUUGAAGCACCUUGAGACGGCUAGACGAGUGGAUCUUGUGUGGGAUGUCUACCAGGAUGAUUCACUGAAGAAAUCUCUUCAAGAAAAGAGAGGUACUGGGCAACGGCGAAAGGUGCUAGAAUCUACUGGAAUCCUGCGCGACUGGAAAAGCUUCUUAAAAGUAGAUGAAAACAAGGAAGAACUGUUCAAGCUUCUUGCGACAAAGGUACGUUAAAAUGAUUUGUUAAAGGUACGUUAAAGCGAUACAUUGAGAUGAUUUGUAAUAUUAUACCUUACAUAUUCAUGUUUUGACUGCAUUUUAGGUUGUUUCACUAGCAGUUCCUGAGGGUAAAGAGAUCUACUCCACUCAUGGUGAAAACGUGCUGUGUUCUUCGAACAGAACAGAUCUAGGUGUUCUCUCGCCAUGCAACCACGAAGAGGCUGAUACCCGCCUUAUAGUUCAUGCUAAUGAUGCAUCUUCGUGUGGAUAUCGAAGGAUAAAGAUACGAAGUAACGACACUGACGUGGUAGUUCUUGCUGCUUCAAUCGUCAACACCCUUGCCAUCGAUGAGAUGUGGAUAACACACGGAUCCGGAAAGAAUGUCCACAACAUCCCAGUACAUGCUGUCGCAGCAUCCUUAGGUCCAGCUAAAUCCACGGUAAUGCCAUUAUUCCAUGCGCUCACUGGCUGUGAUACAGUGUCGUGCUUUCGAGGACGUGGUAAGAAGACUGCGUGGGAUGUGUGUGUGUGUGGGGGGGGGGGGGUUCCUGAGCUGACACCAGUCCUGAGUGCUCUAAAGACAUCACCUGAAGACAUCACUGAAGAAUCCAUGGCUGUGCUAGAAAGGUUUGUUGUGCUUCUAUAUGACCGUACAAGCAGUCUAGCGAAAGUAAAUAAAGCAAGGCAACAGCUUUUCUCAAAGAGAUCGCGAGCAGCACUUGAUCAGCAUGUCCGGCGAGCAGUUCUACAAGGAGGACAUGUAUGGGGCCAAUCCCUUCUACGCCAGCAAGUGCUUCCAAGCCCAUCCACCUGGGGAUGGCAGCUCCAAGGUCGACACUGGUCUCCAUAUUGGACAUCCCUCUCACAAGCCAAGAACACUUGUUACGAACUCAUCAGUUGUGGAUGUAAAGUUUCAUGUAUCGGCAGGUGUAAGUGUUUGAAGGCAAAUUUGACAUGCACCGGUCUGUGUUACUGUGGUGGUAAUUGCAUUAGGUAGCUAAGAACAUACGUUACGAACAUAUUCGUCACAUGACCUUGCCUAUAAUCAUAGUACUCUGUUGAGUUUUGCGUUUGUUUUACAUGUCAAAUCUACUCCUUUCAUUCUUUAUGAAAAUCAAAUUGCUUAUAUUCAGCACUCAAAAUAUCUCCGAAAAUAUAUUACGAAAAUAUAUGUAACGACUUAGCCAUGUAACGACUUAGCCAUGAUUACGGAAUGCCGAGUCCGACUUACAGCAGCUCCGCCCACCCGCCCUCCUUACAGAUACCGCUCGGGACGGCCCUGCGUAUAACUAUAGAUUUGUCAUGCCUUCCCAAACUUUUUCUACGUCGACCAGCCAGCGGCCCAUUAAUUGUCAGUAGUCCCUGAAAGAGAAAAUGAUUUCAGAUACACAAAGGAUUUUACUCAUGACUAAUCAUCGAUAAUUGAACUCGCCGACUGUCAACGUCAUAUAUAAAUCAGCUUUACGUACCACAAACAUAUGCCGUAUUACCGCGGCUUUUCCAUGCUUUCUGAAACCCGCUGACUUAACCAACCAACAGGGACCGCGGAGACGGGGGGCUGGGGGGGGGGGCUUUAGCCCCCCCACUUUUUUUGACAGCCAAAAUUAUUAAAAUAGAAAUCUAAAUGAAACUUUCUAAAUUAAUUAAACCUUUUCUAGGCAUUUUUAACUUUCGUAUCUAAUUAAAAUGAAUAAAGGCUAAGCACCCCAUUAUGUGUACCUUACAUGAAGUUCCCUUCAACGCAGCCACGUGCUCCGAAACGAAAUUAUUAUUUAUAUUCAUAUGGUUUUUGCAAAGUUUCCGCAAUGGAGUUGAAACUGCCUUUAUUUUUACUUUAUUUUUACUAUUUUUACUUAAGUUUGUAAAAGGUCUAAAUUUUGUUACUUUUUAUGACGAUGGUCUUGGAGAUUUUUUGCUAAAGUUCCUCCAAAAAUGCAGGAAAUAGCGUUUAAGGUAAUAGAAAAUUGAACAUUUUCCUUGGGGGUUUUAUUGAUGAUUUAGCCCCCCCACUCUCUAAUACGCUCCGCGGGCCCUGCAGUCCAAAUAACGACUUAGCAAUGCUAACGGCAUGCAUGCCUACACCGACAUGGGUCGCAUUGCCGCUGUUUUGCCUCGCCUUGCCAACCGUUAACCUGAUUUAUUUAUACCGCCCUUCAACAACUUAAACACGAUCAGAGCAUGCUUAGCACGACUUGCACAGGCUUAUGCCGCAUUAUCACAGCUUUGCCAUGCCUUCCCAAACUUGUAUUAAACCGCGUGACAUGUACAACGACAUAGCCAAGAUGUGGAUUAUAUGCCAUGCUCGACCCCAAGUACGCCGACUUACGACGGAUUACCAUGAUUUUCCCAUGCUUUGUCAACGUAUACUUGACUCAACCUACCUUACAACGUCUUAGCCUUAAUUCUGUUAUGCUUAACCCGAGUUACGCAGAUUUAUACCGCAAUACCACAGUUUUGCCAUGCAUUCCGAAACUUCUACCAUACUCAACCCGCCCUACGUAUACAACGACUUUGCCGUCCUUACUGCAUGCUUAGAUGCUUUAUCCGCAUUACACUGACUCGGCCCAAUUACCACGGUUUUCUAUAGCUUACCAAACAUACACUAGAAUUAAUCCACCUUAAAACGACUUAGCCAUGAUUACGGCAUGUUCAGUUCGACUUACACCGACGUAAACCGGAUUUAGACGACCUUGCCAUGCAUUGACGAAUUUCUACCUGACGUGACCGAACUUGGAACGACUUAACCGUGACUACGGCAUGCUGAACCAACUUACACCCACUUGGGCCGUCUUACUAUGCUAUUGUCAUAUCUUGAUUAACUUCGGCCAGACGUAGAUUGAAUUCUAAUGACUUAGCCAUAAUUACGGCACGAUUCGCCCAAUUGCACAGGCUUAGACCGCUUUGUCACGGUAUGGUUAUGCCUUUACUAACUUUUGUCAAACUUAGCCACCUUUCAACGAGUUAGCCACAAGUACUCCUUGCUUUACCCGUAUUGCACAGACAUGUAUCGCAUUAACACGUAUUUGCCAUGCCUUCCGAAACUUCUACUCGAAUUAGCACACCUUAAAACGACCUAGCCAUGACAAGAAUUACGGCAUGCUCUACCUGAAUUACAUCGACUUAGUCAGGACUACCACGUCUUGCUAUAUCACAUUUUCUUCUGCCGAAUUAAAUCGCCUUUAAGCGACUUAGCCAAGAUUACGGCGAACUUCACACGACGUACACAGUGUUUGACUGCAUAACAAUAGCCGGAUAUAUUGGGUUGUGGGAAGUUAUAGCAAAAAAGGGGGCCCAUCUUGAGGCAAGGGGGCCCUGGAAUGUUGGAAUUGCGGAACGUGUUAAAUAUUAAGGAACUUUCUGCAAAAUUGAGGUCGAAAUAGUCUAAAAAGUUAAACAAAGUUUUGUUUUUGGAAAUAAAACGUUGACCUCAAUAAAAUUUUUGCUUUCUCGACAAAUUUGUUGCAAGGGUCCUCAAAUGGAAGGGCCCCCGGAAUUUAAAAUUCACCGUCCCCUACCUGCCCCCCCCCCCCCCCUCCCACACACAGAUACCGCUCGGGACGGCCGUGCGCAUAGCUAUAGUUUUGUCAUGUCUUCUCAAAUGUUUUCUACGCCGACCAGCCAGCGGCCCAUUGUCGGUGGACACUGAAAGAGAAAAUGAUUUCAGAUACACAAAGGAUUUUAUUCGUGAGAAAACACCGAUAAUUGAACUCGCCGACUGUCGACGUCAUAUGGAAAUCAGCCUUACCACAGACAUAUGUCGCAUUACCGCAGCUAGUGCAUGCCUUCCAAAAACUUCUUCUACCUGACUUAACCAACCAAAGAACGAUUUAGCAAUGAUUACGGCGUACAUGCUUACACCGACAUGGGCCGCAUUGCCGCUGUUUUGCCUCGCCUUGCCAACCGUUGACCUUAUUUAUUUAUACCGCUCCUCAACGACUUCAACAGGAUCAGGGCAUGCUUAGCACGACUUGCACAGGCUUAUGCCGCAUUAUCACGGUAUCAUUGGCAUGCCUUCCCAAACUUGUAUUAAACCACGUGACAUGUACAACGACAUAGCCAAGAUGUGGAUUAUAUGCCAUGUUCGACUCCGAGUACGCCGACUUACGACGGAUUACCAUGAUUUUGCCAUGCUUUGUCAAACAUAUACUUGACUCAACCUGUACCUUACUACGAUUUAGCCUUUUAAUUCAUGCUUAACCCGAGUUACACAGUCUUAUACCGCAAUACCACAGUAUUGCCAUGCAUUCCGAAACUUCUACCAUACUCAAGUGGCCCUAAACGACUUUGCCGUGCUUACUGCAUGCUUAGAUGCUUUAUCCGAAUUACACCGACUUGGGCCGAAUUGAUAACGGUUUUCUAUAGCUUGCCAAACAUCCACUUGAAUUAGCCCGCCUUAAAACGACUUAGCCAUGAUUACGGCAUGUUGAAUUCGACUGACAUCGACGUAAACCGGAUUUUGACGGCCUUGCUAUGCAUUGACAAAUUCUACCCGGUGUGCCCGAACUUGGAACGACUUAACCAUAACUACGGCACGCUGAACCCAACUUACACCGACUUGGGCCGUCUUAUUAAGCUAUUGCCAUGUCUUGACUAACUUCGACCAGAAGUAGAUCGAAUUCUUAUGACAUAGCCACGAUUACGGCAUGUUUCACCCAAUUGCACAGGCUUAGACCGCUUUAUCACGGUAUGGCUAUGCCCUGACUAACUUCUGUCAGACUUAGCCACCUUCCAACGAGUAAUUAAUCCACGAGCAGGCCCGGAGCUACGGGGGGUGUGGGAGGAUGUGGCACCCCCCGUACCCCCCAGGACUGCUAUUCAGUCGGAACUGCUGUUUGGGUUAAAUAUUUUUGGCGCAAAGGGCAAGAUCGGGGUCGGUAUUUUAGAAAAUUCUUUUUGAAAAAUGUAAAAAAUUUGGAAUAAUGUAGAAAAAUGUAGGAAAUUUGUGAUGUCCUGAAAAUUUUUGUAUGGGGGGGGGGAUGUCGCCAAAAAAAUAUUUUUGCGGAAAAAAAUUUUUCGGAACCAGUCGGUUGAAAUGACUUUACACCCCCCCCCCCUGAAGAAUUUCCUGAGGACGGCUCUGUCCACGAGUACUGCAUGUUUAACCCGACUUGAACAGACAUUUGCCACAUUAACACGUCUUUGCCAUGCCUUCAGAAACUUCUACUCGAAUUAGCACACCUUAAAACGGCUUAGCCAUGACAAGAAUUACGGCCUGCUCUACCUGAAUUACACCGACUUAGGCCGGUUUACCAAGUUUUGAUAUAUUACAUUUUCUUCUGCCCAAUUAAAUCGCCAUUAAACAACUUCGCCAUGAUUACGGCGUGGUUCACCCGACGUUCACAGAGUUUGACGGAAUAACAAUGACCGGAUAUAUUGGGGUGUAAGGAGUUAUAGUAAAAAUGGGGCCCAACUUGCGGCGACGAUGCCCUGGGAUGUUGGAAUUGCGAAACGUGUUCAAUAUUAAAUUAAGGAAUUUUCUCCAAAAUUGAGGUGGUGAAAGUGUGAGAAAGUAAAGGACGUUUUGUUUUCGGAAACAAAACGUUGACCUCACAAAAAUUUUUGCACUACGAAAAAUUUGUUAGAGGGGGUGUCCAAAUGGAAGGGGCCCCGAAUUUUAGAAUUCAUCGCCCCCCUCCAUCCGCACUCCACAGAUACCGCUCGGGACGGCCAUGUGUAUAACUAUAAAUUUGCCAUGCCUUUUCAGACUUUUUCUACGCCAACCAGCCAGCGGCGCAUUGUCGGUAGACACUGUAAGAGAAAAUGAUUUCAGAUAUACAAAGAAUUUUACACAUGAGUAAUCACCGAUAAUUGAACUCGCCGACUGUCGACGUCAUAUGGAAAUCAGCCUUACUACAGACAUAUGUCGCAUUACCGCGGUUUGUCCACGCCUUCCAAAAACUUUUUCUACCUGACUUAACCAACCAAAUAACGACUUAGCAAUGAUUACGGCGUACAUGCUUACACUUACAUGGGCCGAAUUGCCGCUGUUUUGCCUCGCCUUGCCAACCGUUGACCUUAUUUAUUUAUACCGCGCUUCAACGAUUUAAACACGAUCAGGGCAUGCUUAGCACGACUUGCACAGGCUUAUGCCGCAUUAUCACAGCUUUGCCAUGCCUUCCCAAACUUGUAUUAAACCGCGUGACAUGUACAACGACAUAGCCAAGAUGUGGAUUAUAUGCCAUGCUCGACCCCAAGUACGCCGACUUACGACGGAUUACCAUGAUUUUCCCAUGCUUUGUCAAACAUAUACUUGACUCAACCUACAACGUACAACGACUUAGCCUUAAUUAUAUCAUGCUUAACCCGAGUUACACAGACUUAUACCGCACAACCACAGUAUUGCCAUGCAUUCCGAAACUUCUACCAUACUCAAGCCGCCCUACAACGACUUUGCCGUGCUUACUGUAUGCUUAGAUGCUUUAUCCGAAUUUCACCGACUUGGGCCGAAUGAUCACGGUUUUCUAUAGCUUGCCAAACAUCCACUAGAAUUAGCCCGCCUUAAAACGACUUAGCCAUGAUUACGGCAUGUUCAAUUCGACUUACCCCGACGUAAACCGGAUUUUGACGGCCUUGCUAUGCAUUGACAAAUUCUACCCAGUGUGCCCGAACUUGGAACGACUUAACUAUAACUACGGCACGAUGACCCCAACUUACACCCACUUGGGCUGUCUUACUAAGCUAUUGGCAUGUCUUGACUAACUUCGACCAGACGUAGAUCGAAUUCUUAUGACUUAGCCACGAUUACGGCAUGCUUAACCCAAUUGCACCGGCUUAGACCGCUUUAUCGCGGUAUGGCUAUGCCCUGACUAACUUCUGUCAGACGUAGCCACCUUCCAACGAGUUAUUCACGAGUACUGCAUGCUUAACCCGACUUGCACAGACAUUUACCGCAUUAACACGUCUUUGCCAUGCCUUCAGAAACUUCUUCUCGAAUUAGCACACCUUAAAACGACUUAGCCAUGACAAGAAUUACGGCGUGCUCUACUUGAAUUACACCGACUUAAGCCAGAUUACCAAGUUUUGCUAUAUUACAUUUUCUUCUGCCCAAUUAAAUCGCCAUUAAACGACUUAGCUCAUGAUUAGGGAGUGGUCAUUAUUUAUGGGGAGGGGGGGGUAGGGAAAUGGGAAGGGGGGGGGACAAACGAAGUUUUACCCUUAUAAAUAGGAGGGUCAAGAAAGUUUUAACAUAGAGAAAGGGGGUGGUCAUAAAAGUUUUUGAACUUAAAUACCAUGUCUAGAGUUCUGAUUUCUAUAAUCACAAAUAGCAAAAAAGAAGACUCUGAAAAUGCUAUUUCCAACGAUCUAGAGACUCAAAAUUUUCAAAAUUUUCGUGCUGGGCGCCACCCAUGGUAGCGCCUCGCGAUCGUGGGCCCACUAAGUUUAACAAGCUUUCUACCCCCUGGGUGACCCAGUUGUGGUAUUUACAUAAACAUACCAUGCAAGUACACUUAACUGAUCAGAUUCGGUCUAUCAACGCACAAUGUAAUGCUGAAUAUCCAAAAAUCUGUUUCAGAAAAUGCUCACAUUUCAGUUGUACAUACGGUCCAUACGAUACCACACCAAACUUUUUGUCACCAACAACCAUCUGUUAUCUCUCCACACUCAAUAUAGUAUGGUCCUUUUUGUAGAUGCCCACCCCCCAAACAAGUUCUUAAAAAAAACCCUAUGUUCAAAUAAUUUCGCUGUAUGAAGAAGGGUCAUAUAUAUGGGUUAGGGUUAUGGUAGAACAACUGUUGCAUUGCAAAGUAGUAACACAUAAUAUGAGCACACCCACUAAGUGUACCAAGUUUCAUUGAAUUUUAUUAAAUAUUCACCAAGAUAUCAUACUUUCUUGUUAUUGCCAUUAUCUCAACUCAUACUUGUGACGUCACAACUCAAAAUAUAGAAAGUGUGAUAACUUGAGAAUGAGAUGAGAUAUGACGAAACUGUAAACGUCAUUCUUCAUCACUCCAGCAGUACUUUUUAGAAAAACAAUAAAAAAUGAGGUGAAAAAUUCGUUGCAUAGGCACUUUAAUUAUAUAAAAGUACCUUGAAUUUUUAAGUUUAAUUAAAAAGCAAAAUGCUCUGCGGACAUGUUCAUGAGAAUAUAAUUUUUUUCUGUAACGAAAUCUACAACACUUGUCAAUCAUAUUGCAUGUGUGUCUAAAAAUAACAUGUGGGCGUCUCACGGUCUAGACAGGUUUUGUGUCAGGCCCUAUUUCAAAUUAGGGCCUGAACUUCAGGUUACCACACCAGGCGGUCAUUCGCAAGGAUGCAGUGACCACAAAGGUUCGGGUUGUUUAUGCUUCAUCUAAGGAAUGUAAGUCAGGAACAUCACUUAAUGACUGCUUGCAUGUUGGGCCAUCCCUCAAUCCAUUACUAUAUAGCAUACUGAUACGGUUUAGAGAAAACAGGAUUGCUUUAGUAGGCGAUAUUGAAAAGGCUUUUUUGAAUGUGGAGGUUGAUGAGGCAGAUCGAGACUGUUUGAGGUUUUUGUGGGUAAAUGAUAUUGAGAGUGAUAAGUGGGAAACAGUUGUUUAUAGGUUUUGUAGAGUAGUAUUUGGAUUGAAUGCAUCUCCAUUCUUACUCAAUGCAACAUUAAGGCAUCAUGUCUUAAAGUAUCUUGAAACCGAUCCUGAGUUUGUGAAGAAGGUGCUAGAAGGUUUCUAUGUAGACGAUUUAGUUAGUGGGGAAAGUACGGUAGAUAAGGCAUUUCAGUUAUAUGAUAAGACUAUGAGUAGAAUGGCACAAGGGGGAUUCAAGCUAAGAAAGUGGUCAACUAACAGUAAUCUAUUGGAAAGUAAAAUUAAGGUGCAUGCGACAGACCAAUGUAAGAUAAAACACAUUGUUGAGGAUCGUCAAUCAUAUGCAAAACUAUCCCUUGGAGUAACAGGAUGUGAAUCAAAAUGCCAUAAAGUGUUAGGACAGGCAUGGGAUAACAAGAGCGAUGAGUUUAAGUUUGAGAUUGCGAGAGUGGGGGAAAGGGCAAAAACCUUAUCACCUGCAAAGCGAAAUCUACUGAGUGUUUUAGCAAGUUUAUUUGAUCCUCUCGGAAUAAUUAGUCCAGUGAUUGUAUGUGCCAAAAUAUUGUUCCAAGAAGUAUGUAAGGAUAAAGUUGAUUGGGAUGAAAACUUCACUGAGGAGUUACUGCAUAAGUGGGAGGGUUGGUACAGGGAUUUGAUAGAAACUAAGGAAAUUACCAUUCCUCGCUGUAUAUAUCAACAUCGUGCAGAAGAUGUUUUGGAGUGUACCUUACAUGGAUUUGGCGAUGCGAGCAAGAAGGCAUACUGUGCAGUUGUAUAUUUUGUGUAUUGUACUAAUGUAGGGGUUUAUGUCCGCUUAUUGACAUCAAAGGCAAGAGUAGCUCCCUUAAAAGCAACUAGUAUUCCCAGGUUAGAGUUAAUGUCAGCGAGGCUGUUAGCGCAGAUUAUGAAGUCAGUAAAAGCGUCACUUGAAAACCAAGUUAGGAUAGAUAGUACCAAGUUUUGGCUUGACAGCAUGACAGCACUCUACUGGAUAAUGAAUAGGGGUGAAUGGAAACAAUUUGUCCACCACCGAGUAAAUGAGAUCUUGAAGCUAACGAACAAAGGGGAUUGGGGGCAUUGUCCCGGGGUUGAAAAUCCUGCUGACAUUGGGUCUAGAGGUGUAAUUGCUUCACAAUUGAAAGAUAACAAGCUAUGGUGGGUGGGGCCAGAUUGGCUAAGUCAAAAGAGGAGUGGCCAAAAUUUGAGGCUACUGAUAAGACAAAGACAGUUUUGGAAGAGGAACGAAAGUCUGUAGUUAUGGUUGUAAAGGUGACAGAGCCAGCUAGUAUAAGUAGAGUGAUUGACUUGAAUGAUUAUGGGACAGCAGAACGACUUUUGGGGGUAACAGCUUGGGUACUCAGGUUUGGGUUUAAUGUACGAGCAAAAGCAAGGGGCAUUGAUAGGCGAAGUGGAGAGUUGACAGUGAAUGAGUUAGUUGAGGCAGAGAAUAUAUGGAUUAAAGAGGCUCAGGCAGGGUUGAAAGUAGAUAGAAAGUACACCCAACUGAGUAAUAGUUUAGGUUUGAUGGAAGAGGAAGGCAUUCUGAGAUGUAAAGGUAGAUUACAUAAUUCUGAGUUAGAGUUCAAUACCAAACACCCAAUCAUUAUACCCAAGGACCACAGACUGACUGAAUUGAUUGUCCAGAAAUGUCACAGUGAAGUGCAUCAUUGUGGUGUAUGGGCAACCUUAGGAAGAUUAAGGACAAAAUAUUGGGUUGUGAAAGGAAGACAAAUGGUGAAGCGGAUUUUAGGUAGAUGCGUCACCUGUAAAAGAUUAGAGGGAAAAGCACAUAGUGUAGCACAGACGGCAGAUUUGCCAGGAUUUCGAGUUAGGGAAGCUGCACCCUUUUCUAAUGUGGGAAUAGAUUUUGCAGGUCCAUCGUUUGUAAAGUGUUGUGCAAAAUGUCCAAGUAAGGUUUAUAUAGCAUUGUUUUCUUGUUGUGUGACUAGACCUAUACAUUUGGAGCUAGUUAGGGAUUUAUCUGCAGAGACAUUUUUGUGUUGUCUACGGAGAUUUGCUGCUAGGAGAGGAAUGCCAAGCCUUAUAGUAUAUAUCUGACAAUGCCAAAACGUUUAAGGCAGCAGAAAGGGCAGUUAGACAGUUGUUUAACCAACCUAAGGUUAAGGCGGAAUUGCAAACCAAACGAGUAACAUGGAGGUUUAAUUUAGAAAGAGCGCCUUGAUGGGGAGGAUUUUUUGAGAGAAUGGUUCGGAGUGUUAAACGGUGUCUUAGAAAGGUUCUAGGUAAUGCUAAAUUGACAGUAGAUGAACUUACCACAGUGCUUGUAGAGAUAGAGGGUACAUUAAAUGCUAGACCAUUAACAGAUGAGUAUGAAGAGUGUGAAGGAGAGGUUUUGACACCGUCACACCUAAUUUAUGGUAGAGCUAUUAGCUUCAUACCACAGAAGGAAGUAGUUAGAGAGGAACGUAGCUGUGGAGAAAGAUUUAAGUAUAUUAUGUUGAAAUUACAACAUUUCUGGAAGAGGUGGCAAAGUGAGUACCUGACAGGGUUGAGAGAAUUUCAUAAAUGUAAGAGUCAAAAUGUGAGAAAGAGUGUGAAGAAGGUGUAGAAAACUUCAUGUUAUUAUUGGAUAAUUGGUUUUGGGGUCACGAGGGUUGACAGCCUGUGCGCGGGCUAGCACAUGUGCUGUUCGGCGGUGAGUAACAAUUCGAUGUGAGCGCUUAAGUUUGGUUAAUAAAUAUAUAAAAUAGUGAGUUUGUGAGUUUUUUAAGGAGACGUGACACCUCUGAGUGAGACGUUUUCGACACAGUGGCGACCCCGCCAGGAUUUCUGAGCACUGCGAGACAUUAAACGGCGAAAUUUGGCGAGUUAACUUUCAAGAUCGAGUGAACUAGUUUGCGGACGGUGUGCAUUUCUACGGCGAAAUUCUAGUGAGUUGUGAAUAGUGAUACGAUAAAUACAUUAACAGUGACUGAAUUUACCUUGUUACCGUGCAUUAUCGGGGAUUCUUGUUUUAUUUCUUAUUUUUUCCGUGAAAAUAUACGAGAUGUCGUGCUUUAUUUGGUGUUUAUAUAUUAAAUUUGGAAUCGGGACCGCGCGAGUGAUGUGACCUAAGGCCUGGGACGAGGCAUACCCAAUACGUCGUGUAAGAACAUCGUUCUGAACUUGUGAUUCUUAUAUCAUAUUUGGAGAGAUUUUAAGUAAUUGGUCGUCCUUUUUUAAAUCGAUUUAUUUACAAUUAUUAUGGAAAAGGCAGUGGAAGAACUAAGUGGUAAAAUAAAGACAUUAAAAUUUCGAAUGGGCAAAACAAACGAUGUAAUUGGCAAACAUGACAAGGAGGCCCUCGAGAGACAACGUUUAUCCGUUACGAAUAUUUCGACAAUAGUGAACACUUUAAAAGAGAAUAUUGAGGAAAGAAUGUUUAUGAAAGGUGAUACAGAAGAACAAGUCAAAGACUGGGCUGCUGAAACGGAAACCUUGCUGGCUCAAGCUGACCAGUGUGUGAGAAAAAUUACAGAAGAGCUUAAGGACAUGCAGUUAGCUGCAGAAGAAGCUACUACAUUUCAAGAACAGCAAAAGAAACUCGAGUUUGAAAAGCUUUUGACUGAACAAAAACUGAAACAAGAACAGCAAGCUGCACAAGAGAAGAGGGAAUUAGAACUGGAGUAUCAACAAAAGCUUAAAGAUGUCCAAGAAACUGCAACUAAACCAUCCAGUGCACCUGUUGCUGCCAGUGCCAAAAUUCCUAAACUAGUCAUCUCAAAAUUCGAUGGGACCCCACAGACUGGAUGCGAUUUUGGGGUCAGUUUGAGGCUCAAAUCGACAAGUCAAGCGUGGAUGCAGUCACCAAAUUUUCUUAUUUAAAGGAGCUGGUUGUAGUUAAGGUACGAAAGCUGAUUGACGGACUUCCCUUCAACGAGGAGGGAUACUCUAAAGCAAAGGUCCUUCUGGAAAAGAAGUACGGUCAAACUAGUGAAGUGGUUGGAGCUUAUGUACGAAGCAUUCUUGAAUUGCCCACCAUUCGAGAGAGAGAUGUGCCCAAAAUACACGCCUUCUAUGAAACAUUGCUAUACAGCGUCGAGUCCUUGCAGACAUUGGACAGUUUGGGUAAACUUGAUGCGGCUGUCAGGUUUACGUUUGACAAAUUGGAAGUGAUCAAGAGUGAGCUUGCUAUGAUGAAUGAAAAUUGGAGUGAGUGGACUUUCACGCAGUUUGUCGAUGCUCUUGAAAGGUGGACAAAAAACAACCCAGUCAGAGAUAACCAAGGUGGAAAGUCCCGAAAGGAAAAGGGUAAAUCGUUCUUUGCAAACCAGGAUAAUCCCAAUCGUGGAAUUAAGGGCUGUCUCUACUGUUCCAAUGAAACGCACCGAGCGAUUAACUGUGACAAAGUUGUGAAACCUGAAGACAGGAAGAAACUCUUGGCAGAGAAACACUUGUGUUUUAACUGCACUGGUGCGAAGCACAGAGCUGCAGACUGCAAGAGCAAGGGGAAAUGUCAAAUUUGCCAAGGAAAACACCAUACCUCCAUAUGUGACAAGGAUACGAAGCCUCGUGAGCCUGGUAUGACAGCAAAUCAUAUUGGUCAAAGUGCUGUUAUACACCCUGUGGUAGUCGUUCGAAUAAGUGGAUAUAAAUUUCGUGCAUUACUGGACAGUGGUGCCAGUCAUUCCUACGCCUUUUCUACAGCCAUCAAGUUGUCUCGAGCUAAAGUAAAGUCUGUUGGUCUUCGACAGAUCGCAAUGUUAACUGGAGUGACUACAAGAACAAUGCAAGUAUAUGAGGUGAGAAUGCAAUCGUUAUCUGGUGACUUUGAUUUGGACGUGAACGUUACUAAGAUAGAGAAGAGAGAGUUGUUAUCAUUGGAGAAUCCCCAUUACAAGGAUGUUCUAGAGAAGCAUUAUCACUUGAGAGGAGUUCGUAUGGAUGACGAUUAUGACAAGAAAGAACUGUUGCCAAUCCACCUCAUACUCGGAGCCAAUGACUAUGCUAAGAUACGUACUAGUGAGAAUUUGCGAGUUGGGCGUAGCGGUCAACCAGUUGCUGGUCCAUUAUGUCCCCUGGAACAGAGCAAGAAGUAUCACUUGGCUGCCUAGCUGUUAAUUCAGUAACAGAUUACGACAACCUUUGUUCUCUGGAUGUCCUCGGAUUAGCAGAUACAACCGGGCAUGACAGCAACGUUUUGGGCGAAUUUAAGGAGCAGCUUACAAGGUCAGACGAAGGCUGGUACGAAACGGCUCUUCCAUGGAGACCCAGUCACCAACCUUUGUUGAGCAAUCGUGAUGGUAGCCUCGGACGGCUAAACUCGCUCCUACGAAAGCUGAAGAGAACAAACAUGCUGAACGAGUAUGAUGCAGUAAUUCGCGACCAGAUUGAGCAGGGAAUCGUAGAGAAAGCACCGGAAGAAGUUGUUGGGAAAGAGUUUUACCUCCCACAUCGUGCCGUAGUGGGAGAGAAUGCAGAAACGACGAAAACACGAAUUGUCUACGACGCGUCUGCGCGCGAACGGGAAAAUACUCCCUCGCUCAAUGAUUGUUUACAGACAGGACCUCCGUUACAAAACCUGCUGUGGAGUGUGAUUAUUCGAAAUCGGUUUCACCCAGUGGCGCUAGCUGGGGAUCUGCAGAAGGCAUUUUUACAAGUUCGAGUACGAGAAGGUGAACGAGACGUGUUACGUUUUCAUUGGAUUAAAGAUCGACAGUCAUCUGAAGUUGAGGUGCUUAGAUUCACGAGAGUAGUGUUUGGUCUUGCACCUUCACCUUUCCUCUUAACUGGAGUAAUUCAACACCAUCUAGAAACUCUUGAAGCUCAGUAUCCCACGAGUGUCCCCGAAAUACGUAAGAGUCUGUACGUAGAUGAUCUUAUAUCUGGAGCUCCCACUACCGACGAAGCCAAGGAGUUAAAACGCGAAGCCAUUGAGAUCUUUGAUGACGCACGAUUUCGAUUACAUAAGUGGAACUCAAAUAUUUCGGAACUCGAGUCGGAUGCAUCUGAGAGUGAACUUACCUUUGCCAAAGAACAACUCGGUGGAACCCCAACAAGUAAAGAUUGUAAGCUACUAGGUCUCGGAUGGGACAAACACACCGAUUCUCUGCAAGUAACCUUUCCAACCACACCAGCUGUGUUGACGAAGCGCGGUGUUCUCGCAUAUUUGGCUAAAGUGUAUGAUCCCCUCGGAGUUGUAUCGCCAGUGUUACUGGAAGGAAAGCUGCUUUAUCGUGAGACUUGUGAUUCAAAGAUUCGUUGGGAUGCGCCACUACCAGAGCCCUUAGCUAAACGUUGGGGAAAAUGGGAACAGUCGUUACAGAGUGUCAUCUCUUUCGCACGUAGCCUCCCUGUGUACCAAGAGCCGAUCAGAGAAGUAGAGCUACACUCGUUUGGAGAUGCGAGUGGUCGAGGUGUCUGCGCAGCUGUUUAUGCGGUGGUAAGGCAAGAUUCGGGUGUCACGCAAAGGUUAAUUACAGCGAAGUCUCGGUUGGCGAAAACUAACCUAACUAUCCCAAGAUUGGAACUUGUAGCUGGCCACAUGGCCGUUAAUUUAGCCGUGAACGUCAGAGAUUCUCUACAAGGGUUCAAUGUUGCAGAAUAUAUCCAUUGCUGGUUGGACAGCACCGUAGUCUUACAUUAGAGAGUUUGGGAACGCGACGGGAAGUGGCGACGGCGACGUCUGUGACCGAGCAGGGGCCUGGGAACGAAUACGUUGCAGAAACGUCGCCGUUGCCACCAGAAUUCUGUUUGGCUACUGUUCGGCGGUAAAAUUUAAAACUUUUGUAAAUUCAAAAUGGAUGAAAUUUUUGACACUCUCCUUUUGUCGUACGAUGAUGGUUUAAUAUCAGACGAGGAGCUUUUACUUCUCCAAGAUUACUGAUGUAUAUCGCCAAAUAGGCACUCAAAUUUCCCUUAUCGGGAUUAUAAUCCAUUUGACUGGGAAAACCUUGACGAACUUACUUGCAAAGUUGAGUUUCGGUUUGACAAACAAGACAUUCCAAGGUUGCAAGAAGCGCUUCAAUUUCCAGAAAUGAUUUCCAUCCCACAUGCUACAGACUGUCCUGGAUUGGAAGCUUUGUGCAUAUUGCUCAAAAGAUUUGCUUACCCAGUGCGAUACUGUGAUAUGGUUCCCAUGUUUGGCCGAUCAGUGCCUGAACUAUGCAAGAUUACUCAAUAUGCAAUCAAUCAUAUUUACAACAACCAUGGUUUCAGAUUACAAAGCUGGAAUCAACCAUUUCUAUCUCCAGAGAAUCUGGAAUCCUAUGCAAAUGCAAUUCAUGUCAAAGGUUCCCCUCUUCUAACAUGCUUUGGUUUCAUCGAUGGCACAGUUCGGCCAAUUUGUAGACCCAGUGUUAAUCAAAGAAUUGUUUACAAUGGUCAUAAGCGGCUACAUGCCAUCAAAUUUCAGAGUAUAUGUAUUCCGAAUGGUCUGAUAGCAAACCUGUCUGGACCAUGGGGUGAGUUAGCACUUUUUUGACAUUUAUAUUGCCAAUAAUCAGUACAAUGAUGUGUUCUGUUAUAAAUUGUUAAUAUAUAAAUUUUGAACAAAGUCAUUCAAUUCAAUCAUUUAAUUAUAUAUUUUGUUUUGCUUUGCUUUAGAGGGAAGAAUGCAUGAUGCACGUAUACUUGGAGAGUCAGGCUUGAUGCAAGACCUCAGGCAGCAUGCAUUUGCACCAGACGGCACCCCAUUAUGUCCAUAUGGUGACCCAGCCUACCCAUUGAGGGUCCACCUCCAGCAACCAUUCCGAAAUAAUGCCGCAUUAACAGAAGAUAUGAGGCAAUAUAACAAGGCAAUGAGCAGUGUACGAGUCAGUGUGGAAUGGUUAUUUGGAGAAAUAACCAAGUAUUUUAAGUUUGUAGAUUUUAAGCAACAACUUAAAAUACGGUUAAGUCCCAUUGGGAAAAUUUACAUUGUAUCUGCCAUAUUGCAAAAUAGUUUAGCUUGCUUGUAUGGUAACAUUGUAUCAGAAUAUUUUGAAAUCAACCCACCAACACUAGAAAACUACUUCUGGAGAGCUGAUGCAUAGUGUCCACAUGUAAUUAAUGAUAAUACUCUAUGAAACAUAGUAUAUUGCAAGACAACAGUAUAGUAACAUUGCAUUUGCGUGAAAGAUAUAAUUAUUGUUUAUAAAUUGGAUCCAUACAACCAGAAUCAAAAGUAAUUCAAAAUUAAAUUUUCUGAACCAAUAACUUUUAUUUUCAAUUUACAUAUACAACUAUAAAAAUAUUAAUAUAAUAAAGUAUAGCAUGCAACUUGUCCUGUAAAAUAUCCAAACAAAAUUCAAAGGCCAGAAGUAGCCUGUCCGUAUUCAAUAAACAUGAAGAAUGGUCAAACACAUAAAGGAAUGUACUUACAGUUCUUGUACAGUUAACGAUUUUUUGCAAAUUCAAGCAAAGUGUUCAACAAGUUUUGAUUUUGUUGAGUUUGUGCUUCAAGCUCCUUGCUCCUUAUUGCUAGCUCUUGCUUUCGAACUUCCAGUUCUUUAGUUUUAUGUUCAAGCUCUUUAUUUCUAUACUCAAUAUCCUGAUUCGCUUUAUCUCUUAGAAAUUCUACAAUAGCUGUUUUCUUGGCUCUGAACGAAUCGUUUCCUGAUGCUUUUCUUUUUGCUGUUUCUCGAGCAGUUUCAAGUGCGACCAGUCUGGCAUCUUCUGCUUGACUUCUGUCCUCAUCUUUAGCAGUUUUUUCCUUUUCUCGGUCCUCUUCUUGACUCUCAAAAAGAGCAACAGCUUCCUCAAUGGCGUCUUCAAGCUCACUUGGCUCAUCGGUGCCAAUGCCGGAAGCAUUAAUUUCCUCUCUCUCCUUCUUUUUGUAUUUUUUUGCUAACAAGUUAUAGCGAUCGCGUACAGCCCUGAUGUCCUUCAAGUUGAAGACUAUAUCUGCUCUUGAAUUUAAAUUGUCGACGAUUCUUUCCCAAACUAGUCCUAUUCGCCUCGAACCUUUAGGAUUAUCAAAAGGACGUUCUGUUAAAAUUUCUUUAAUCAACUCGAGGUCAUGUUGAUCAGUCCACUUCAUCGCUUUGAUCAUGACUUGAGAUUUACUGCUAAACAACAUAAAACUUGAGUUAAAUUACCGAAAGUUGGUUAAACAGAAUAUCGUUUACGUAAAAAAGCUUACCUUUGCUUGUUCGUUUCGGCCAUCAUGCAGAAAAAGGCACAAAAACCAGACGUUGUCAGCACAACGCCAAAUCACUCAAACUGGCGUUGUCGGGAGAACGCCAACGUCCAGACAACGUAUAUUCGUGACUUAAUUAUGAUAAUUAUGUAAAAUUAUGCAGGUCGCCGUCGCCACUUCCAGUUGCGUUCCCAAACUCUCUAUUGGUUAAACGACAACGGGGAGUACCGCCAAUUCGUGGCGAACCGAGUAAAUAAGAUGAGAAGUCAUCGAAACGUACUCUGGCACCACGUUCCUACAUUUGACAACGCGGCUGACCUGGGGAGUCGUGGUGGUAGCGUGUCGACAGCGAAGUCGUGGUGGAAUGGUCCACCCUGGUUAGCAGACCCGAGCAAGUGGCCACCUGAGAUCGUGACAAAAGCAAACGCGGUUAGUGACGCAGAGAGGAAGGUUCAACGAGAACUGUCCAUGGUUGGGGUUGAGGGAAGUGAAUACCUUGACACCAUCCUGGCCAAGUUCGGCUUGCGUAAGGCCAUGAGAAUUUUUGGAUGGGUCUCGCGAUUCAUCCAUAAUUCUCGAAAUCCUUCCAAGAAGAUCGGUGGAGCGAUGACAACAGAUGAAGUGCUGAAACAGGAGAUAUUCUGGAUCAAACGAACGCAACAACAAGCGGUAAAUUCGGAGAAGUUUCUCGAAGAUAAAGAACAGUUAAAUUUACAAUUGAAUGCAGAAGGUGUCUGGGAAUGUCGUGGCAGAAUCCAAGGGCAGUACCCGAUCUAUUUACCAGAUUGCACCUUAUUUACGACCAAAGUUGUUCAAAGAGCCCAUGUUUGCACGUUACAUGGUGGCGUAGGUCUGGUCAUGGCGAACGUUCGGGAAAGAUACUGGAUACCCCGUCUGCGUAAACUUGCGAAGAAGGUCAUCAUCGAUUGUUGGGGAUGUAAGAAAUUUAGGACCGCCCCAGCAAAAUCUCCACCACCUGGUCUCUUACCAAAAACGCGAACCGAGAAAUCUACUCCAUUCGACAUCAUUGGCGUCGACUUCGCCGGACCAGUGAAGUAUCGUAGUAAAGGGAAAGAGAGGAAGUCGUACAUAGUUCUAUACUCGUGCAGUUUAACUCGGGCGGUGUUGUUAGACUUGCUACCUAGCCUCGAAACGAAGGAAUUCAUCAAAAGCUUGAAACGGACGAUCGCAAGAAGGGGGAGACCUUCGUUGAUUUAUUCAGAUAAUGGGUCCACGUUCGUUGCGGCGGCGAAGUGGCUAAAAUCCGUACGCAAAGACGAAGAGUUAAACGAUCUUCUCCGCAACCAUUCGAUAUCAUGGCGGUAUAAUCUUAGCAGGCCCCCCCUGGUGGAGGGGCCAGUCGAGAGGUUGAUCGGGGUAAUGAAAGCGGCAUUCUACAAAACGGUCGGAAGUGGAGUUCUUACAUGGGACGAACUUAGCGAAGUGCUCCUGGACAUAGAAAUCGCAAUCAAUAAUCGACCCCUGUCUUAUAUGGAAGAGAACGAACAAUUACCCACCCUUACUCCAAAUUCUAUGUUAUUUCUGAAUCCUAAUUACCUACCAGAAUUAAAGCCGUAUCAUCACGAAGAACCGAAUUUGAGGAAACGUGCAAAGUUCUUAAGGAGAAUCAAGGACGAAAUGUGGAGACGGUGGAGUAAUGAGUAUCUGAGGUCCCUCCGCGAACGCCAUCGGUUGAAACACAAAUCUCAAGGCCACGUCAUUGCAGUGGGUGGUGUCGUAUUGGUAAAGUCGACAGAACGAAAUCGAAACAAAUGGCCUUUGGGAAUAGUAGAAACGCUGAUUGUCGGCAAAGACGGUGCAGUUCGAGCAGCUAGACUGAGAAGCGGUCGUGAUCGAUUGGAACGCGCGGUACAACAUUUAUAUCCUCUAGAAUUAAAUUGUGACCUCUACAAGGAAAAAGACGGGGAGAAUAAGAAGAAACCUGCGGAACUAAAUCCAGAAGCACCCAAGUUCAAGCCGAAGCGACGAGCGGCAGUUGAAGCAAGAAAACGGAUUAGCGAACAGUUAAACGAUGAACAACAGCGUGAAUGACUGUUUACCUUAAAGUAGAUAUAGAACGUUACAUUUAACUUUAACAAAUAUUCGAACAGUUAGUGGUUUUCAAGGACAUAUGAAUCGAAUACGAUUCAUAUGGGGGAGGGUGUACAAAACUUCAUGUUAUUAUUGGAUAAUUGGUUUUGGGGUCACGAGGGUUGACAGCCUGUGCGCGGGCUAGCACAUGUGUUGUUCGGCGGUGAGUAACAAUUCGAUGUGAGCGCUUAAGUUUGGUUAAUAAAUAUAUAAAAUAGUGAGUUUUUUAAGGAGACGUGACACCUCUGAGUGAGACGUUUUCGACAAAGGGAGAUGUAGUGACAGUGUAUGGAGAGGGAGAGAAACGAGGUAAUUGGAAAUUAGCGAAAGUAGAAGAACUAAUUAUAGGAAAGGACAAGGAAAUUAGAGGAGCCAAAGUAAGAGUUGCAGGGAAGGGUAGACCAGUUUACCUGAAAAGACCGGUCCAGAAACUUUACCCGUUAGAGAUUCAAGCUCGACCGGGUGGGAAAGGGAAGGAAGGGAAUUCCCCUUCAGCUGAGUCAGAAGGUUCCUUGCAUGAUUUGCAUGAGCGUCCAAGACGAGCUGCUGCUGUUAUUUCCAAAGCGAAGACAAGUGCGAUGCUUGAUUCAUAGAUGAAUCCUUUAUGAAUCAAGGUGGGUGGGGUGUUGUAAGUUCCCAGCGCAGUGCCGCCAGUUUUCCGCACAGCAGUUGCUUCUGCUAUUUAAUGUACAAAUAUGUAUAUAGUAUUGCUUAAAAUACGUCAUAGUGAUUCAUUGUAAUUUAAUACCAACAUUGAUUGAGGCAAAUAUGUAAAUUCAGUUGUGAUCAGAUCGUAGCGAGACGAGGAAGUCUAAAAUCGCGUUGUAAAUAGAUAAUCUUUCCAAUGAAAUAAAUCGAUAGAAUACAGUCCCCUGAAUGUUAUUGUGUGUGAACCAGUGUGCGCGGAGAUCAAAGUGAAGAUUCUGCAAAAAAGUCCAAGCGUGGUUUCGAGAGACUUCAUGUUUGGCCAAGUUGCCUUUAAUUGCAGCGGCACCAAAUUCCUCGUUUUUAUGGCUGUCCACAAGCGAAACGCCAUUGUCAUGCGAAAGGAAUAAAAAUGAUUUGUUUCCAUACGUGAAAAGAGCUGCCUUUCGAUUGGACAUUGCUUCUAGUUGACAUACUAAACGUGAUGCGUGAUUGGGGUUACUCAAUCGGACAAGUUUAGGUGGGAAUAAGUUGAUUUGAACCGAGUGGCUUCUCCAUAAGUACGUGUUCGUCUAAACUGAGUGUUCGUGGUCCGUCUGGGGAUCAUUGGCCAUACUGAUGCCUAUCCUGGUCGCAUAGACAAUCGAAGAAAACCACGAGUAAUUGAGAGGAGUUGCAUCUUCUGGCAGUCUUUCCUCUUCAGUCGAUAGCCAAAUAUGUCCCAAAAGAAAGGAAGUAAGACUAGUAGAAUUCAAUAUACUGGUAUACUGACUAAUGCUGAAAUGUUCAGGAAACAACGACAGUGACACAUGUGUACCAGCAAUUUUUAAGAAACGCACUGUCUGCAUGGUAUAGUUCCGUUUCAUCGGUUGGCACAAACGCAUUACGCUGUGAGAGAAUUGUAGCAUCAUUUCUUGUUGAACAUGACAUCGGCUUCGAAGGCGAUGAUGUUAUAACACGAGAGCCUGAUGCUUCACUUAUGGUGGUGAAUAGUCCAGAAUCAGAUGCUUCAGUUGUGGUGGUGAAUGAUCUCGAUGCUUCAGUUGUGGUGGUAAAUUGUCCAGGAUCUGAUGCUUCAGUUAUGGUAGAGGCUGAUGAUGUUUCCAUCGCAGAAGAUAUCACUGUGGUAUUUAUCGAAGCACAGAAUGAAUAUCCAUCGUCGCUGCAUGAGUAGUCUAGCUCGUUUUAUCGAUUUGUCCUUUGAUAGCCAGUUGGUUACCAAACUAUAAAACAUAAGGAUUUUGUCAAUUUCUAUGGUCACCAUUUCAGAAUACAUACACUUAAAACCACCCUGGUUAACCUGGUGUCUCAGGAAACCCCCGUCUCGAUUGCGCGACCCCCUGGGGUGAAUUUCCUAGGAAAAACUCCGUACCAGGGGCGAAUAUCCUGGGAAAUCCGCCUCCCCUCGGGAAGGCGAGAUUCAUGGAGAGGGAAUUUUCCAGUGGUAACAGAUCAGCCAGCAUACCACCAACCAGCUGAUUAAAACAUGAAACUCUACCCAAGCAAUCUGCAGAGUCAACAGAAUUUUUUUCAUGGAAAGGAUCAUAAUUAAUAGUCUGAAAACAAACAUUAUUUGGAAGCUGGACAAAAGGUAUUGUAUAAACUUCUAUGUUUUUGUUCGCCUUUUAAGGAAAUUUGUGCACUUUCACAGUGAGUGAACAUUUUGUUCUGUAUAAUGAAGCAAUUGCCCAAUGGAAACCUCAGACUUCAACUGUAACAUUUUAAUAUGAUCAACAAAUUGUGUACUUUCAGGUACAAGUUUUCAACAUCAAUUGAAGUUUGGUUAGGAAACUAAGUUUACCAAUCUUCCUAGCAAUGUAUAUUUUCUAUUAACUAUGAUUUUUAUAUAAUAUAACCACUGGCAGACACUUUGAAAUAUUGGGUCUCAAGGGCGAAAAAUAAAUGUCCAUCUUUUGUUUAUUCUGUGAGAAGACCGAGUAUGCAAGGUCUGCCAGUCAGGAGAAAUUGAAACGAAACAUCACUUCCUGUGAAGCCUAUAGCAGUCUUCGUGAAAACUUUUUAAAUUACUUGGAAUGUGAUCCCACCAAUGAAGCAGAUCUAAAUUAACACAGUUUACUAGUUGAGAUAAUGAAAUCAACUGAGAAUGAAACCAAGAUAAAAUUAUUGAAAUUUAUCUCUUUAUGUUUUGAGAAGAGAUCUAAAUGCCUUGAAGCCAUGAAUGCUGACAGUCAAUAGGCUGUUUAACUAAAACUUCUUCAAUUAUAUACUGUAAAUAGGGUACUCAUCUGUAAACUAAGUCUUCCUUUACAUCAAUAACUUUAUUUCUAUUUCUUGUAUUACUACAUAUUGACAGUAUGUCAUACUACCACAAAACAUUUUGCAUUUGUAAAUAUUUAUACCAACUAAUAAGCAAUACUUGUAUGUAAAGUCAUGCUAAUAAAGUCAUUUGUCACUGUUACUGUUACUACUUCCUAUAGAAAUAAAAAUUGGGAAUCGAAAUGAAGGAAGGAGGGGAACGAUACAGACAGCAAAUUUUGGAACCAGGGCAGUGGUACGAUACAAAGGGCCAAAGGGGGUAGAACCAGGUUGCCUGCAUAUGAGGCUACAUUCCGCUCAGGGUGUUAGCUACAGUAAAAAAUUCCGCGUUAAACAUGGUUUUUCCAAUUACCUUGAGGUCGCAAUUUCCCAAUUUGGGCCAGCCAAAAAAGUUAUAGAAAUUACGCCAUUAUUCAAAAACAUGUUUAUAACUACAUUUGCUCAAAAUUACUCCCAAAAUGCGGGAAAUGCUAUUUAAACGACACAAAAAUUUUAAAAAUCGCGAGGGGCAACUGCGUGCUCCCGACCCACAAAGAAAUGCCCGGCUUCAGGGUAAAAUAAAUUUCCCAAUUUCAGGUAAACGCGGGAUUUUUUUUUUACUUCUGGCUAACACCCUGCCGCUAUCAAAGUUCUUUUGGAAAUUAUUUUUGGGGCACCCCCUACACCUAGUGUCUGUCCCUGAACAAAAUGGCUACUUAUUGGUGCUGUUACUCUCUCUUUCUUUCUAUUCUUUUUCUUUCCUUCUUUUUUUGUUUCUUUCCCCUCUUUUCUUUCUUUCCCCCUUUUUCUUCCUUCCCUUUUUUCUUUCUGCCAGCAUAAAAAAUUUUCUGGGACCAAAGGUCCGCUAUAUUUUGCGCCCCUGCUGAUCAGUUCUGUAGCUAUGCCAUUUGGAAACCACGGCCAGUCGAUUGCAAAUUCACCGUUACUUGCCUUUUCAACGUUUUCAAAAUUAUAAUGGCUGGAAAACGUUGUAGCCUCUAUUUCUGGCAUGGGCAACCACCAUGUUUGCCAUAUCAACAACAAUAACAUUUGGAACUGAAGCAAGGCUCAUGAUCAUAUCGACAUGGUCUCUGGGUCCUUCGUGUCUCAGAAGCCAUUUAAGCCCGUAACAUAUGCCAUGGGGACAAGUCAUUCCUAACCAACCGCCUGUUGAAAUCAGGUAGUAAGAAAUUAAGAUGCAAAUCUUGAAAACCGUGGAUAUAUGUGACUACAUAUACAUGCAUGUGAAAGGAUGUAUUCCAUAAUUGCGACACAUCCUCGCGAUAUUUCAUCUCGCAGGAGUUGAACCUGCACCUUUCUCAUCCGGAAAGGAGACCGCUUUCUGUGACAAUAGCAAGAAUGUGAAAUAACGUUUUUCCUAAUACAUCUGCCCGAUAUACUAUUAAUGUACUAUAAAUAAUGAAAUAACGCAAUUUCUUAUCUGAACCUCCAGAGCCACAUCUUAGAAAAAAGUUUCAAAAACGUCUCUUCUAUGUUCAUGACACUUUUUAUUGUUGAUAAUGUCCAACUUGGAACCUUUGUCACUUAAAUUCAAACUCCUUGCUAAUUCACGGAUGACUGGAGCCUGAAAUGGAAAAAAAUAGUCCAAGAUUUAAUACGUUUGUUUUUAAUUGCACACGUGCAAGCAUGACAUACUUUUCCUUCACAAAACAAAUCCAUUAGCUUCUCCACAGAAGAGUUGUCGGACGUUGCACCAGCUGAUACUAAAUCUUCUUUGUGGUUCGCUUUUCUGAAUUCCGUAUUCAACCAACUUUCUUCCUUUUCGACAGUUGGGACCAAUAAAUGGCGCCCAAAAGCUGUAUGAUGGUUUUAUCUCCAAAGGACUUUUUGUAGAAACUACAGUAUGAUAAAUUGAUACGCCGUCAAACAUCGCCAUGAAUAGAAUCCAUUUUAAUGUAAAGUAUACUAAUGCAGGGGUUAAAAAAUGCUUCAGGUAUUCUUUUCACUAUACAAAUAAUUUGGCGUGCGUUCCGUCGAUCUUGAGUUUUCUAAAGUUUUACCCAUGUUCCCGAUCUGUUAUAUUUUAUACAAUCCCGAUCUGUUAUAUUAUCAAUUUCAACGACAGCUGGCUUUUGAGUAUUGGAUUGUGUGACAUGAUUAUAGAAGUCAUUUUCAGGUACAGGACAUGUUUUGCUAUAUUUUCGCCUUACUUUCGGAAUAUUUGUCAGUAUGAGACAACCAGGGGUGUGCAUCGAAUCGGAUUGGAGGUUUAUAAUCCGACAAUUGGUAAUUUUUACAAAUCCGAAUCCGAUCCAAAACGUUCCGAUCCGAUUAUUAAAAUUGUAAUUCGGCCCUUAAAAUUCUAAUUCUCCAUUUAGUAGGAUGUACUAUUUUCUAUCAACAAGUAGAAAAACAAAAUUAAUCAGUAACCUCUUAAUAUGCCCCUGUAUAUUAUUGCAAGGUUGACUUGUUCCCAGAACAUCUCUGCAUCAACCUCAUCUGGAUGCAAUUCAAACUCAAAGUAAGGCAGCUCAAGAUCACUUACUGUAAUAAAAUGAAAAUACAUUAAAAAUACACAGUAAAUACUAAAUAGUUAAUCAUCACUAAGUAGACAAAACAUUUGUCAACUCAUUAACCAACAAUACCAGCUAGCUCAAAUACUCCUUUUUUGUCCACAUCUAAUGACAACAAUGGAGGGAAAUAUCCACAGAGAUGGCAAGAGAAAUCACAACCUCGUUCCCAGGCUCUUUGCUCUUGUGAAGCAAAGACCCUGGUCGGGGCUGGUCACGUGACCCCGCAGAUUCUGCGUGGUAAAUUGAAUUGAUCUCAGGGAGGGGUGGUAGAGGAGUCUGUUUGCUACGUUUGGAAAAUUGCAAUUUUAUGUGUUAUAGUUUCGGGUGAUAAAAAUGUAAUUUGCAACAAGAAAUCGUGAAAGGAACAGUUUUAAAAUUCGUAUUCAUUAUGACACAACUUCCUGCUAUACUGAAUGUCAUCAAUAAUAAGUGUUGCGGUACAUUUCAAGCGACAAGCUGGAUCAUAUUUCACUGGCAAGGACUCACACGCGCCUGGCUUGCGAAGUUGAGCACGCAUCGCCGUAGAAACAUAUAAGUCUUCCCAAUUCUAUACCGACUGACGAUCAAACGACACUAAAUUAACGAUAUGGUUGUUUAAUGUUUAUUGUUGAAGUGUAUCCUAUCCGAUAUUCAACAAAGCCAAAGGAUUUAUUUUAUAAUGGAAGAUUUCCCAAACAUCGCUAACUGUGUGUGUAAACAAUAGUGCUAUCUUGACUGUGAAAGCACAGGAUUAAAACCCGUUAUGGACUGUAAAAUUCCUUUCAUUUACAUUGCUGAAACUCAACGAUCAAGAAUGAUUAUGUCGAAGACUCGAAGUAUAGCUAUCUGUCAUCAGACGAACACCAAGACCACUGUGCGUUUCCGUGCGUGCGGUACAUAUAACUUGAAUAUUAGGACGAUAUAUGCACCAGAUUGCACCAGACACUGGUAUUGUACUUCAUAGUAAAUUAUUUCAUAUUUUGUGUAUUACAGUAAUUCACAGCAGGUACAUUAAUUUAUAAACCUUAUAAAGACCUUUCAUUCCCAUUGCCCAUUCAGUGCUUUAUAUUUGAAGAAUAACCCGACAGCUUCUUUGGACUUGUAUAAUGCUGCUGUGAGUCGGCAUACUUCGAAACCCGGACCGGACUCGGACUCGGACCCGGACUCGGACUCGAAGAAAAUCCGGACUCGAGAAAAAUCCGGACCCGGACUCAAAGAAAAUCCGGACUCGUGUUUAACAAAACCCGGACUUGACUUUUGAAAACCCGGACUCGAAAUAAGGCAAAACCGGAUUCAAAUCAAGGACUCUGUGUACGAAAAUGCAAAGGUUUUUUGGAAAGGUUUAAUAAUUAGUAACAUGAUAAACGAUGAUCUCUUUAUGUCUUUAUCUCGAUAUUUUUAAUCUUCUGCUGUUAACAAAAUAAUCACUUAGAUAUAUUGGAACCAAAUCAUUUAGGCAUUUAUAAGUUAUUAAAAACUAAAAUGUAUUGAUGCAUACGAUCUACAAGUAGCUAAUACAAGGGUAGCAUGUUGAUUGUUGAUUCUCAAAAUAACGUUAACUUGAUUUAUUGACAAACUUCAUUGUCAGUAUCGAGCAGCGGUUGUAUGCAAGGCAUAUGGGGCAAUUGAUGAACGCAUUGCCUAACGAGAGAGUCUCAAUAUCAAAUUUACGCCAACCAUCCAACGCGAAUUUCACUGUCGGCCGCGGGUGCAGGCUUGCAGCUGUUGCUUUCAUUGUAAUGUGUUUUCUACUACUUUCGGAUAAAGAAUAAUUGCGGGUGUUCAAUUCGUGUUUAUGGACUUUAUAUUAACGAAAUAGAGAAAAUAAACGUGUUUCCAGUAGCGUCUUGUCCAACUAUUUGAGAGCAUGUUAUAAUAUCAAAUUUAUGUCCAUCAUAUCCGCACAACAACGCUCGAAUUACUUCACAGUCGGUAUUUAGGCGCGGUUGCGGCGAUACCUUCAUUGCCUUCAACAUGAGAUGUACUUUUCCGGCGUUCUUUUCGAUUGGUUGAAGUUAUACUUUUGAUUGGUUGAAGUCUAGUUAUUUUUCGUGUCAUUUUGCCGAUAGUGAGGUCGAAUAUGUUGAGGAUAUAUUUUAUCCUUGCCGCCAUCGAUCACGUUGAGUCUGCUACUCUGAGUCAGAUUUCAGUUAUUAAUUUAUGUCUAGGGUAGAUUUAGCUGCUCGCAAGAGUAUGUAUUUUACAAAUAUGUUGUGUAUGGUCAGCGUGGUUAAAUAAAUUUUUAAAUUAAGUAAGUAAGCAAGUAUGUAUAAGGCUAAAUGAUUUAAUGAUUUGUUUAGGUAGGCUAUAUAGUGAUUGUUUUGUGAGCAACCAUAUAGUAUGAUAACUGAUUAGUAUCCUCAGAUAACGCAUGAUACUGAGUCACUAGAAGAAAAAAAUAUCUAUAUCUUUCGAAACCAAAGCUUAUUGCUUUUGAAAUAAACUAUUUUAUUAUAUACAAAAGCGAGAAGAGAAAGGGGCACCCGCGCAAGAGCACAAAUCCAUUUACCCGCGAGUUAUUACCGAUAAAACCUUUGCAAUCUCGUGCACAGAGUCCUUGUUUUGAAUCCGGUUUUGUUUAUUUCGAGUCCGGGUUUUCAGAAGUCAAGUCCGGGUUUUGUUAAACACGAGUCCGGAUUUUCUUCGGGUCCGGGUUUUUCUCGAGUCCGGAUUUUCUUCGAGUCCGAGUCCGGGUUUCGAAGUAUGCCCUGUGAGUCAUCAAUCUUUAAAUCAACUUUAAAUAAUCUAUAUCGUAUACUGUAUAAAUGACAUUUUAGCAGUUUCACCAAACCAUACUAGAGGCAAACAACCUAUCUAUCGAUGGAAACUUUAAAAGGCUUAUUAAAACUUAUUAAUUAAGUAAUUCUAUGAGCUGGACUUCGUGCGCAUAUAUACAGUUUACGAAUUAUGUAUAUAUCCCUGAUAAAACGUAGGGACACUUUAUACCAGAUAUAAUAAAAAAUACUUUGCUAAACCUUUUCGGCUAUCAUUCCUUUGCAUUCAAGGGGCGAGGGUGAAUGGCUAUAUAAUUCAUAUCGGAGAUUCUGUGCAAUCUGAUUUAGUGAUUUUGGCUUCAACAAACAGGUACUCGUGCAGACAAAAAAGGAAAUGCAUACAGUUGUGAAUUGUCGUAUAAUUCUUUACUGUUGAUCCCAAACAAUUUUGUACAUGUACGUUAACACUCCUUCCUACCUUGUGUUGAAUAUAAACGAUGAUAACCUUUUUAAAAAAAUCUAGAGCACUAUGUCUAUAAACCGUUUUAGAAUCAAUAGAAUGGACAUUCAAUGCCUAUUUGGCUGGUGUCCAAAUAUGUAACGUUUGCUGUAGGACCAACAAGGCGCUACGCCUACGACAUACACAGUCGCUUUUGAGACCUCUAUUUAACAAAAUUUAUACCGUUUCCAUAUGACAACAAUUCAAUGGCACAUUAUAAGAAUAUUAUACGUAUCUGAACCAGAGCCAGAUACAGAAACGUACGCGUGAAAUGAAACUGCGCCCUAACCCCGGAGACAAUAAAAGGGCAAAUAUUUCCAAGCAUAUACGAUCAUACGUUUUCGUUGCUUGAUUUUCUGACUUGUUUGUUGCUAUAAGAAUCUACAGUUUAGCAUGUUUGUAUAAUUUAAAAACAAACAGAAACCAAUUUAGCAAGUAUUUUGAAGUAUAUAUGAUUCUCAAAGAUGAUUGUAUAGAACGGUCACUCCUUGCAAUCGAAGUGUGAGGUGCGGAAGUGGAAACAUGUAAUUUGAUACUUUGCCAUCCCCCUCUUAGGUUAUCAAUUUUCUAUGGGCCACGUGACCAGCCCCGACCAGGGUCUUUGCUUCACAAGAGCAAAGAGCCUGGGAACGAGGUUGGAGAAAUCAUACUCAUGGUCAGAAAGAGCCUCAAAAUGAAGAUACGAAUUCAGCAUUGUAGCACGAGGUAACUGAAAUGGGCACAACUGCAGCCAGGUCUCAACUGCUUCGACUUACAGCAUUGUGGACCUGAAAGUUUUUUUUUUUUUAAAUAUCAAAAGUUAAAGAAUUUAGCACAAGAUAUUGUGUACCAGGCGAGGUUUUAGAAUGGAUAUUUUACAUGUCUUAGAUCGAUCGUGGUGCAAAAUUGUCCGUCCUAGUACAAAUAUUCAUUAUUCUCAUUAAACUAUUAAAAACACUCGCUUCAAUAUAAGUUUAGUUUUGUGUAAACACUACGUAAAUUUAUUAUUGCAAAGCUUUCGAUCCGUAAGCUCUGAUUAUUAGCACUGAUGAAGAUCCAAUCUUACGGAUCGAAAGUUUUGCAAUAAUAAUACAUUCAGUUACGUGGCGUUUCCACAAAACUAAACUUAUAUGACUUAUAUUGUUGUUCACCAUGGAAAAAUAGAAAGAAAUUGCUUCAAAUGUUGUUUUGGACUACGAGUAAAGAACGGUCUUAUAUUAAGAGUAGUCAUAAGACAAAUGUACGUGGACAAAUAUUCCGAAAGUAAGGCGACAAAUAUAGCAAAACAUGUACUGUACCUGAAGAUGACUUCUAAACAUGUCACACAAUCCAAUACUCAAAAGCCAGUUGCCGUUGAAAUUGUGAAUCCCAUUGCAAAACUCUUGAUAUCGAUAAGGCAGCUUACAGUUUUCACAGAAUCUUACAGAUACUGAUAUUCCUAACAAGAAUAGUCAGGAUAAGUAUGAUUUACAUUAGCAUUUUGUCAGGCAUGGAUAUGAUGCAUGCAUCCACUGAUUUACAAAAGAAAACAUACUCGAAAUAGUAGCAUCCUGUCUGUUCAAGAUUUGAACUAUCAAAUCAAAUCUUCAGUGCACAAUUAAUACGCUACCAUUCAGAUGAUUCAGAAUGUUUUGUUUUAUAUGAUGACCAACCAGACUGUUCAGGAGCAUUUUGCAUGUAACAACGACAUCACAAAUUUUACUGUAUUAUUACCUUCCACUAUUCCAUUCUGGGUUACACAAACUGGUUGUCCAAGUGGAAUAUCACAAUAAAAGCACAAUGUCUCUGCUGGAACAAAAAUGAAAUAUAAAAUAAAAGUGAAAUAAAUAAAAUAAUUGAAAUACUAAUAACUAAAGUGAAAUAUAAAACAAUUGUCUUGUCACCAAUCCAAAAUACAUACAUUUUUGUACCUUAUACUGUACACUCCUUACUACUGUACCUAGUGUUUAAUACAAACGAUGAAUUAUACACUAAUUUUACCUAUAAAAAAAUAUGCGAUGUCUAUAUUAAACAAUUUUUUAAUCAAUAGAAUGUCCGGAGAUUCGGCCAUUUGGCUUGUAUCUAUAAGUGUGUAACGUUUGCGCGAGAAGACCUCAAAAGGAGCUACGACCUACCACAGUAUUGUAUUGAAAUAAUGAAAUUAACAAGUAAAUCAAUUCAAAGCUUAUACCGUUUCCAAAUAACGCAAAUGGUAUAUUAUAAGAAUAUUAUAAAUAUGUGAAGUGAACCAGAGGCAAAACAGAAACGUGUGAAAUGAAAGUGCGCCUCGAGAGAACAUGAGAACAAUUUCAAAGCAUAUACGAUCAUACGCUUUUAUUGCUCGACUUCCUGACUUGUCUGUUGCUAUAAAAAAAUAGUUUAGCAUGUUUUUUUAUAAUUUAAAAGCAAACAGAAACCAAAUUUAGCAAGCAUUUGAAUUUUAUAUGAUUCUCAAAGUUGAUUGUACAGAACACUCUCACUCCUUGCAAUCGAAGUGUAAAGUGCGGAAGUGGAAGAAUGUAAUUUGAUACUUUGCCUACUCCCCCCUUGGGCGAUCAAAUUUCUGUGUGCCACGUGACCAGCCCCAGCCAGGGUCUUUCCUCCACAAGAGGGAAGAGCCUAGGAACGAGGUUGCUGCUUGGUAACAUUUGCGCUUGGCAACAUUUGCCUGUCCAAAUCAAAUCGCCCGAAAUUUAGCAAUUUUCGAAGCCACUUAAUACUGAAUCAAGCCUAAUACAGUAUAUGCCCAGAUUCUUUACCACAAACCUGUUUUGCAGGGAACCACGAAAAUGACAAAUAAUAGAAAAUGUGUAAGAUGUACCGACUUGUUAACUUUGAAGAAACCUCUUGCAGUUGCCCCAUUGCAUUUUCCAUAAGGUUCUUAGCUUUUUGUAAAUUCGAGAUGGAAGAAGGUCCUGAAGGAAAUAUUAAUUCAUAUACAUGUAAAACUAAUAUUAGACAGUCUUACGGUUUCUCAUCCAGUAAACUAUUGUGACAAUUAAGAAUAAGGAAAUUGAAACGAUGCUCUAACCCCCCAAAAGAUUCGCUGGCUGAGUAAUUGCAUAAAUUAAUAUACAGUAACAGAACAAACCAAAUUGCUUUAAACGCUUUUGUGCGUAAUGUAACAACGCAUCGGUCAAAAUAUCAAUUCGACGACUGCAGGUCAAUUCAUGUGACUUGAUAUUGAGAGCAGCUUGCAGUGCCAGUAAAAAUAUCAAAAUGAUUGAUCUAUAGGCAGUAUCAAUAUAUUUAAUGCUCUCAGCCUGGAUGUCCAUUGUGACAGCUGUACGAACGUGACAGGAUGAUUUAUGUCCAUAACAAUGGAACACCGGAAUUGCCAAAGUCAAUUCUGUCCAGAAUACCUUGUCUGUUGUUUUUCUAAAAUUGCAUAUUUAUUUAUUUAUUAAAAGGUCAUGCAACUACCUGUACAGCGACUAAAGGAUAUCAGUUUUUCAAUUUCACAUCCCCACAGGAAAGUGUCAUCGUUCAGAUAUUUAUCACAUAUCUUACCUUCAAAUGAUCUGACAAGGUACAACCAAUGCAAUAUAUCGACCAACUUCAAACACAUGAAUUUUCUAUGUGUAUUGACAAGGCAUAGGAGUGGCUUAUUUUCCCUUAAAUAGACUAUUGACAUCAUCAACCUAUGCAUAAUAAACUCACAGAGAAGAAGUUGUCUUUAUAGUACAAAAAUAAUCGUAUGCAAAAAAGUUGUCUAUAUAGUACAUUUCACCAUGUUUCAUGCUCAUGAAUCCUUUGGGCCCUGGGGUAUUAAUGUCUACACAUUCGGCCAAACAAUCCCUUUUCAUCAAAUAACAGGGGUGCAUAUAGUUGCCAAGGGGUUUCUUUAUCUCCCCAAAAAAUUUGGAAAAGUUACUUUCUUCUCCAAUUCAAAAAAUUUUCCCGGAAAACUUGGUGACCUCCCCCAGUCAACAAAAAUAUUCGGACAUGUACCCUAGAAAAUUUCCGUAGUAUGUACUAUAUUCUUUUUACCUGAGGACAGAGUGGAAAUGGUUUCAAACAGCUCAUCAUUUCUUUCUUUCAUUGACUUCAUCCAAUAUUGAUGGUAUCUGAAAAGCACAUUGGUACAGGAUGAAAUGCUGGAAACAAAUGAUUCAUGAAAAUGAAGCUCCCAGCAUCAAAUUGUCACAUUAUGUGACAACAUUAUUGACCUUAUAUCAAGAAUAUUACUGGAAUUCAUCAAAAGAGUCAUUAUUCAGUACUUUGUAUAUCCUUAAUCUGAAAAAAAAUAUUAAGAUUUAAAUAAUAUCACAAUAUAUUAACCAAACUAGGUAGUUAGUCAGUGUUGGAAGAAGAUGGACAAGAUUCUUGACUUGUACAAUAAGGUUCUUCUAACUAUGGUACCUGAAAUAAUGCCGACUUCGACAUUUUGAACCAAGGCUCUUUGUAAGUUAUAGCACGUCAGUUAAUAGAGGUUAUAGCUACUCAAAGGCCACAAAUCACUCGAAUAUUUUCAUAAUAUUAGAACUCCAGCCUAUGGCUUUAUCCAGCCUAUGGCUUUAGCGGAGAAGACUCAAAAGAGCGUGUUUAAUACGCUCAACCUAUCCCAGUACAAUAUUUGGCGCACUUUACACACACAGUACAGCAAUAUUUAAAGUCACAACAAAAAUUCAAUUCAAUGAUACAUGACCAAAUGUAUGAAAUUUGAUGCGAAAUCGAUCUUAAGGCACGUUGACACGCUGCAAUUUGUCAGGCCGAUUUUUGGUUUUGUUGAAUAUUAAUCACAACUGUUUUUAGUUUUUGACCUCCGCCCAGUUGCCUUGCUGACGUUGACAACGAAUGAAUAUUCAACUUAUAUCACAUUCGUAUAUACAUCUGAAAUCUGCUGGAACUUGGGACUUCACACUUCAGACUUAAUUAAAUAAUAUUGCGCUUGACAAGAUGUAAAUUGAGAAUGUAAGAAUAAGAAAAGAGAUCCUGGGGAACAGUGACACCUGAAGAAGGAAACAUGAUAGUGUAUACUCAGUUGAUUUAAUAAGUAGUCUUCUCGACAAUGCAUAGAUCAGAACAAAAGACUGGGGCGAGUGUACUGUGGAGAAACCUUAGCACGUCUAGGAUAGCUGCUGCCUCGCUGAGGCUCGGCAGCAAUAAGGCCACUCCAAAUUAGACUUUAAUUUCCUGCCCAGCACCUGUGUCUCCCAGGACUAGCCGCAUGAUUUGUCUAUUAUUGCUAAUGUGUUCAUUAGGCCUAAAAAAUACCUGUGGUUCCGGUUCCCGACCGACCAUAUUUUUUCCCUGCCGACCCUAUUAUUUUUUCAACGCAAUUUACCGUGCGACCCUAUUUUCUCCGGGUGGUUGCGGCGUCUGUUGUGACACUAAUUAUUGAACCAAAUUGCCUUAAUUCGUCCAUAGGAAAUACGCAUCUCUAGUUAAUAUUGAUGUCGGGACUCUACUGCCCUAAUAUUUUCACAAUAUAAAACCGGAACCACAGGUAUUUUUUUAGGCCUUAUUUGACCUUUAUAACUAAGGAUAACAACAAUCCACAGUUUUGGAAUAAACUACCCGCCCACAUGAAAUUUGAAAAAAAUUCUAAUGGAAAACUAAAGUCUAAUUUGGAGUAGCCUAAAAGUUUUUUAAAAAAUUGCUCAGCAUCAAGCAUAGAAUGGCUUAUUGCAUUUUUACUCCCCCCUCCCCCCAAUAGAGGACACUGGAAAUUCCAAUACCCCCUCCCUAAAAUUCAAUGAAAAAAGGAAUUUCCAUGGGAGGGUCUAAAUUUUAAAAAAAAUCUGUGGAAAUUCCACAGGGUAGGUUAAAAAACAACAUGGAAAUUCCAAGGGAUGGUUACCUACAGUAUUAAGAGCGUGUGUCUCUAAAAACCGCCCACUGACUUGGGGCUCGAAAAAUAAGUUCCUUCGAAACUUUUACCGUGAACUACAUUUACUUUAACAACAAACAAAUGCUGUUUGGAAUUUUGAAAAUAUAUUUAGUUUCAAAGUUUUAGCGAUUUUUUGGUCUCGCACCGUCGCAGGACAAAUUCGCCGGCUAAUUAAACGAAAAAAUGGGCUGAAUUUAAAUAAACAUAAUUUCAAAAGAUUUUGUUCAAAAUUUCUGAUAUUCACACCCAGCACCGGAAAACUAUCGUAAUUUCAUCUAAACUAACUUAGGUUUUCAAUUACAGAGUAUUUGUGACAAUAUUUAGCGACAAAGUGCGCCAUGUCAAAAUACGGCUUUCAAAUCCUACUAUUUUCUACGCUGAAUUUCUUAAAAGUGGGACCUAAUUACAUACAGUGACUAGUAUAGUUGGAAAAAGGACACUUUGAAGGACUAAAAACCGUAAUAAAACUCGUCUGCAAACGCGAUUUGAACAAUUGAGAGCGUUUGAAAUUUGAUACUCUUUAUGGCCUUUUGUUUACAUUAUAAUGUUGCUGAGGUCAGACGUCUGAGUUCGUGUCACUGCUAAAAAUGCGCUGUAGUUCUGCCAAAUAAGAUUUCCCUCAAAUAAGUUUAUAGCAAUAUAGUACUAAGGGAGCAUUCAUUUUUUAGCUGGGGGGGUGGGCCGGAGGAAUUUGGGGGUGGGUCAGCCAAUUUUGACAUGCUUCAAAGGGGUGGGUCUUUUUAUAGUUUUGUUAUAAAUGGAGGGGGUCAUAAAAAUAAUCAGUGAAAAAAUCACCAAUAUGAUUUUAUUGAAUUUGGAAAUAUUUGGAUCAAGAAUGGUAAAAAGGUCUAGAAUCUAUCAACUAUGUCGUCAUCUAUAACAAUGAAGCAAAAUUCAUUUGACGCUCUUUUCACACAGUCCAUAGGAAAACAUUUCCAUGACGUUUGUCAAUUGACCUCGUUUUUAUCCGUUUUUGUGUGAAAACAUCAAUGAAAGAAAACGCAGGACCGUAGCAUGAUUUCAAAAUCAUGCAUGAUUUCAAGGUCUGCAUGACUUCAAAAUCAUGCAGAUCUUGAUCAAUUUUAAGCUUUAUUAAUUUUAAGCGGCUACAUUAUCCAUGACAAACUGCAAAGAAUGAAGAUAGUACCCACAGUUUCCUGCAACUUAUCCUAGUUAUCCAACAUAUAGUAAAAUUAAUAUGCCUUCGCCCAUUUAGUACUACCAAAUUGUCAAUUUUGACAUACUAAAACGCUGUUUUCUGACCAUCAGAAUUCUGUCAAAUCUUCCCCCAAAGGCCAGGAAAUGGCAUUUCAGAGACUCUAGAUUUAAAAAUUUCCUCGGGCCUUCGGCCCUCGCUUUCAGCCCCCCAAUCAAAAAGAGCUUCCGACGGCCCUGAAACGCUAUGGAAACGACACCAUGUGGAUUAAUAGUUAGGAUGAGGGGUCAAAAAAUUUUCAGUAAAAAAAAUAGGGGGUCAUAAUUUUUUAUCAACUUUUGUCUUGAGGGUUCCAAGUUUUCGCAUGGAAUUAGACUUCAGUUCCUCCGGCCCACCCCCCCAGCUAAAAAAUGAAUGCUCCCUAAAUUUGUCUAUUUUAUAACAACGUUCUAGUGUAUUAGGUCAUUCCAGAAAACAUCCGUACCAACCCCACAGAGGAAAUAGGAAGUUAACCCCCCUACCCCUUUCGGAUGUCCUAAUACAUUUACUAUUAUCAGAAACAAUUUUUUCUCCCCUCCUCCUCCCGACAGCAGAAAUUUCCUCCGUGGGAGGAGUAUGGAUCUUUUCUGGAACGACCCAUUAUUUGUCGAUUACCACCUUGAGGUCAACCAUUGGAUUGGGUUUCAAUCAGGCCUUACAUCAAUAAACUGUAUUCAAUCGUUCAAAAGUAGAAUUAUAAACCUUCUUUUCCAGCUACUUUAGAAGAGCAUGCUUUUUAAUAUUUAACCUAAUAUUAAUUUGACCUGCAUACAUUGUCAAUACUUUGCUGUCCAAAACAUAAGAAAGCAAACUCCUUUGUGAACGAAAUUUAAGAUUUAAAACUCUGCACAUACCGUAUGUUUAUCUACAUUUGCGAUAAAUCAACAAGUUGGAUAUCAUGAAAGAUUGGUACUCGAUAUAACGAUACCAUGUAUGCCUAUGCUCAUGAAAAUCCUUUGAUGUACUAUUAUUUAACUGCAUGAUCUCUUUGUCUACCAAAUACAUAUUCUUACAAUUUCUGCCAAUAUGCAUGAUUGGAUGUUCGAUUGCAGGACUGUGGUUAUAUUUAGUUAUAAGCACCUGAAUUGCAUUUUGGUCCAGCUAUUUUGAAUUGAAGUAAUGAACAAGUUAUUUUUCUGAGAGUAAUGUCACAUAAUUCAAGAAAGUUCUACCAAUCAUAAUUGAAAUAAAAUAAGUGUGGUUAACAAAUAAAUGUUAACAAACCAUUAUUAAUGAAUACAUUUACCGUACAUUAAAAAUGAAAUAAAAUAAUAAAAUUUUUUUAAAAAAGUGCUUUGAUGGUGAGUAGGGAUGAGCCGAUAAGGAAAAUUGCCGAUUACUGAGGCCAAUUAUUUAUAUAAAGAAUAAUACAUGGGUAAUAAACAUAACUGGUAUUUCCAAGCAUCCAUGUAUUUUUCUGUUUAUGCUGUUUUAUUGUUUACAAUACACACUAUGUACAAUUAAAAUCAGCUUCAAUCUUGCAUGCCAAUAGUCAAAUUUUUGGGUAAAACAGGAUAUUGUCAGCUUUAUGCGGAGCUAGUCUGCUGCGUUUUUCAGUGGAAAUGUUGCCAGCUUCACUGUGAACAUGCGCUCCGAAUAUAUGAAUAUAUGCUUGAACUUGGUGGGCUAAGAUACUUCAGCGUGAUGUUAAAAAUAUUUGGGUACAUUUUUUUGUUGGAGUUUAUAUGGACACGCUUGUAACAGUUGCAAGGGAAAAACGAGAAAUGUGUUGACCUCUUCUUCAAGAUUUGGAAGGUUGUCAUCAGAUGCAACUAUCACUUCGAAACAAAACCAUAAAUCUUGAUGCGGGUUUUGAACAAAAGAUGCGGGUUUUGCAACAAAAUGCGAAAAUCUAUUCAUUUGUAUUCAGUAUUUUAGCAUGUGCUUGGCAGCUGUAGAAAAAGUCUUGUGGCUGAUUAUUUGCCCAUUAUCAGGCAAUAAUCGGCCAAUUGCCGAAUAUUUAAAAAAUGGCCGAUUACUUCGAUUAUUUAAAAAUUUGCCAUUUAUUUCCCAAUUAAUCAGCUCAUCCCUAAGUGGUGAGCUUUGUUUGUCAUGUUACCAACCCUCCAGUUAAGAAUUUGUAAGAUAGAAGCUUUGUGGGAAAGCUGCUGGUUGUCUUGGCCCCACCCAGGUUUCCUGUAUAUUGCAGGGUUUUUUCUGGCCUCCCUGAUUAUCCAGCUAUAAUAGUAUUAGUGAUGGUAAUGCUGAAAUAUCUGUCUAACUAUCAUCUGGCAGCAGCUGUCUUUUAUACAAAUACAGCUGUGGUGGGAGUUCGUCUAUGGAGAAUACACAUUGUCAUACUUGUGGGGUUGAAGUGCUCCCAAUGGUCAACUUUAGGCCCAUAGACUCAGGUAACUAUUUAUGUACUAAAUAUAAUCAGUUGAAUUGUAGGUACUGUCCAAGGGGAUUAUUACCCCUUGGUUCAGGUCUAUGUUAGAAGGGGUUGCUACCAGUAUGCAUGGCAGGGUCAUAUCGGGGAUUAUCACCCCUAGGGCAUUCAGUUUCUCCUAGCAGGUCUUAUAUAUACCCCUACGGGAUGAAAACAUUAUGAAAUCUAAAACAUAGUCUUUGGGUUGAACAGAGUUUAAGAGUAUAAUGUAUAUAACUGGUUCACUUCACCCUGGUCCCUGAACCCAUUCUUCCACAAUGAUUUGGUGUGUGUUAUACUCAUUUUCGGGCUGUUCUCUCACCUAACGUAUUAAUUAACGUGCUUGAAUCAUUAUAUUCAUUAAUCGUUAUUUAUGCCGACUUUAAUAAUUAACAAUUUAACACAACUGUGUAGUAAUAAUAUUAUAUUACAACAUAAAAUAAACAUGAUGUUUGUGAUGUUACUCUGAGUGUAUAUCCACACCGGGCGAGGUUGAAAAAUAUGCCCGGCCACGGUGGCCGGAUACACACUCAGAGUAACAUCACAAACAUCAUAUUCACCUGAGUACACAACACCAACACACAAAAAAAAAAUAAACAUGUCAAAGGAGGCUAAAAUGCGGGAAGCAAAAUACCAAAACACUACGAAACAUCACGACGAUUACUAAAUCGUAGCCGAAGUGGACACUGCAAAACCCCCAAAUUGUUUUCAAAACAGCACGGUGUGUAUAAUAAUGCGGGCUGGGAAGGAGUUGUGUUACGACUAUGGCGACCGAAGUGCUCACUUUAUCAAUUUCCCAUGGCUAAAAGAGUAACUCACAUUUGUGUGCCUUGCUCUUGUUGUUUAUUCUGCUCAUCAAGAAUUCGUCGUCUUUGUGUGCCUUGCUUUUGAUGUUCGUCUUCCUCAUCAUCAAGAAUUCGUCGCUUUUUUCCUCUGGGCGCCAAAGUGUAAUCCUCCGUAUCCUCGGCCUCUGUGUCUUUGUUAACGAACUGAUGAUUUAAGCCUUCAUGGUCAGGCUGCUGUUCGCUAUCAUCAGUAAGGUUUAGGAGUUCGUUCUCUUCAGGAUUCUCGUCAGACACUAUGUCCUCAACCUCGCGCUCAGUUUCAACGAAAUCCAUGAUUCAAAAAUCAAAAUUGGCGCGCACCGAACUAACGUUCUUUAUUCGCAUGAAUUCAUGAAAUUCAAAUCCGACGCCCACAUCACAUGAAAUUCCAAACGGGCGCACGCACACAGGAAAUUCCAAUAAUUCCCAUCUCAAAUGAUCAAAGAACAAAACCGCGUUUUCGUGUUUUUUUGACAGGUAUAGAAU